GAAAUAUAAUUCUGUUUAGCCGGUUCUUUGCAGUACUUCUUUAGUGUAUCAUUCCUAUUGGAAUGUGGUGAUAAAAGUAUUAUUACUUUAAAGUGCCAUUAAACCCCGUAUCGGGAGUUGUUUUUGUUUAUACAUCCAGUUUUAUACAUCAGUAUUUCCGUCAUUUUACCAUAAUGUUGGGUUUUAGAUCUAUUCCAAAAACCUUCAACACCUUAAAAUCAUGUCAGGAAGUCAAUACCGCCUUGAAAUUGAUACCUGCAGGCUCAAACAGCCUGCAGUCAAGAAAUGCCCACCAGAUUCCUGAUAAACUAAAAGAUAUGCCUACCAACCCUCACCCCAGGUUCUUCGACAUGGUGGAAUAUUUCUUCCAUAGAGCUUGUAUCAUGGUUGAAGAUAAACUGGUAGAAGAUUUAGGAAAAGUCAGAGGAUCCAAGUUGACUUUGGACCAGAGAAAAGCUAAGGUAGAAGGUAUCUUGACUUUGAUGGAGAAGUGUGAUCAUGUCUUGGAAGUUGCUUUUCCUAUCAGAAGGGACAAUGGAAGAUAUGAGAUGAUUACAGGGUAUAGGGCUCAACACAGUGGACAUAGGCUUCCAUGCAAAGGAGGUAUGCGUUUCUCUACUGAUGUUACGCGCGACGAAGUCAAAGCCCUGGCCGCCCUGAUGACCUUCAAGUGCGCGUGCGUAGACGUACCGUUCGGUGGCGCCAAAGCCGGCGUCAAGAUCAAUCCCAAGGAGUAUUCAGAACACGAACUUGAGAAGAUCACCAGGAGGUUCACUUUGGAAUUGGUCAAGAAAGGUUUCAUGGGUCCAAGUAUAGACGUACCAGCCCCCGAUAUGGGUACCGGCGAGAGGGAGAUGUCUUGGGUGGCGGACACCUACUCCAAGACGAUCGGUUACCAGGACAUCAACAGCCACGCGUGCGUCACCGGCAAGCCGAUCAACCAGGGCGGUAUCCACGGUCGUACGUCGGCCACCGGUCGCGGCGUCUUCCACGGCAUCGACAACUUCAUCCACGAUCAUUCGCUGAUGGAGUCUUGCGGUCUCAAGCCCGGCUGGGCCGGAAAGACCUUCAUCGUGCAGGGAUUCGGUAACGUCGGCCUCCAUUCGACCAGGUACUUGCACAGGGUCGGUGCCAGGUGCAUCGGCGUUCUGGAGUACGACGGAUCAAUUUAUAAUCCGGAGGGCAUAGAUCCCAAGGAUCUUGAAGAAUAUCGCAAUAAGAACGGCACAAUCAUUGGUUUCCCCGGUGCCAAACCCUACGAGAAGAAAGAAGAUCUCCUAUUCGAGAAAUGCGAUAUCCUUGUACCUGCCGCUGGAGAACAGGCCAUUCACAAAGGAAACGCCCAUAAAAUUCAAGCCAGGAUCAUCGGUGAAGGUGCCAAUGGACCCACAACUCCAGCGGCCGACAAAAUACUGAUUGAAAAGAAUGUUUUGGUCAUUCCCGAUCUGUAUAUAAACGCCGGUGGUGUGACUGUAUCCUUCUUCGAAUGGCUGAAAAAUAUCAACCACGUCUCGUAUGGUAGAUUGACCUUCAAAUAUGAGAAGGACUCCAACUACCACCUUCUACAAUCUGUCCAAGAAUCAUUGGAAAGGAAGUUCGGCAAAUCUGGAGGAAGGAUUCCAAUUACACCUUCGGAAAGUUUCCAAAAGAAAAUCUCUGGUGCUUCAGAAAAGGAUAUUGUGCAUUCUGGGCUGGACUACACAAUGGAAAGAUCUGCUAAGGCCAUAAUGAGGACAGCUCAGAAGUUCAAUCUAGGUCUCGAUUUGAGAACAGCCGCAUACAUCAACUCGGUGGAGAAGAUAUUCAACACUUACUCAGAGGCUGGUUUGACCUUUUAGGAUUAAUUUUUAUGUUUUAUAUGUCAUAAUUAUUCUCAUGAAAACUUACAUUCUCAUCUUUAUACUCGACACCGAAAUGUAUUUUAUCUAAUUUAUCGAUCAACAUCUGUUAAGGAUCAUUUGACUUUGAAUGUUUAACCAUUUCAAAAUUCGCAAUCGCUGGAAUCAAUUCAGUAAUAAAGUAUAAUUGAUUA